AUGGGAGAGUUAGGUGGCCGAGCCACAGAACUUGGCGGCUCGGUGCCCUUAAGAGAGCAGGAACCCCUUGAUCCUGCCACGGCUGCAAAUUGCCCUUCGCUUAAUGCCGCGCCUCCUACGGAUGGCCUGAAGGAUUCGAUUUCAGUCUCUGAUGGAGUGAUCGGCAACGACGGUCAGAAUGGGGAUCCCUCGCAGAUCGAUGGGUCCCACGUUGAGGGGGCUCCAGAAAUUCCAAGAGCCCCUGGUUUACCCUCCGCAACGGAACGUUUUCUGUCACUCGAUUUUGAUUCACUUGAGAAGGCCUUAGAACGCUUCAAGUUCGACACACGCCUCGCAAUGGCUCUCAGGGUUCCCCCGCAGGCCGCCGUGCCGCCUUCGCAAAUCAAAUCAGGUCUUCCUCCUCCACCCCCUCCCCUCGACUUUCACAGAGUCUACUCGUCGGUAGACACUCUCUUGGCUGUCCACGAGCAGCAGGCACUUCAGGUGUACGCCGAGAGUUGCCCCCAGAUGUUAUCGCUGGACCGUGAAAUCGAGGGGAGCGAGCGUUUGUUGGCGGGGGUUGAAUCGCGGCUGCAUGCACUCAGUGAAGACUUGGGAGCCUCUGGUAGCAACACACGUCACGUGGAACAGCAAAGCAGUGCCCUUGCUACCCGAGCCCGCAACAGGAAGGAAGCCUAUGUGCUGCUGCAGACUUACCUACAGCAAAUAACCCUCACAAGGGAGCUCGUUAAGGCAGUCUGCGACGGGUCACUAGAGGAAGACCCGAAGGCCUUCUUGCAAGCUCUUAAGGAACUGGAGAAGAAAAUAGAGCAUGCUAAACAACCAGGAAUGAGGCAAUACAAAAGCACUGAGGCCUCCUUGCCUGAGCUAUACAGGCUGCGCGACUGUGCGGCUCAACGCAUCGUUAGUCACUUGCAACAGCGGAUUGCGCUUUUGCGCCAGCCUCGAACAAACAUUCACAUUAUUCAGAGGGGGGAGCUCCUGAAACACAAAGACCUCUACCUUUUCCUCACAGAUCAGGCACCUGCGUCAGCUGUUGCCCUCAAGGACGAAUACACCCGCGUGAUUUCCUCUGUCUACGCUUCUCUUUUCAAGUCGUACCACAACCAGCUCAUGGGGAUGCUCGCAGGCGGAGGCACGGGACAGCAGCGACGGCAACAGCAGCAAGGCCCCGCUGGAGGACCAGGUGCUCCAUGUGAGGGGCCCCAAGAGGUAGACGCCGGUGAUGCUACAGCAGCAGCCGCUGGCAAGCACUCGCAACCGUCUGCGGCUUGCACAUGUUGUGGUCCUGUGCUACACAGUCUGGGGGAUAGAGACGAAAUCCUCUCUGAUUUGGACGCGGAGCCGUUGGUCGCAGUGCAUAUGGCACGGCCCUUGGCGACCUCGCCUUCACAGGGCACGUCUACAGUCUACGGUGGCAGUUCCACCUCUGCAAAGUCUCUUGCCGGAGAAGGCGCAAAUGUUUCGCCUACUGCUACGACAACUGCCAUUGUUUCGAGUCCACCUAACGCCGUUCCUUCUACCUCCCUUGCUCAAACUCGCUGCCAAGACUCCCCAAUUCUAUACUAUGAGCAACUCUUCAGGUCGCACCAAAAGCUCCUCCUGGAUACAGCGACCAGCGAGCUGAUUUUUGUUACGGACUUCUUUCUCAACGCUGGUCAGCAGGGAAAAAAACUGUGGGCUAGGAACUCCCUUUGUGAAGUGCUACAAGGCUCAGUCGACGCGAUUGGUGUUGCACUCAUGCUUCGCAUUAACCAGCACAGCAGACAACUGAUGCAGCGGCGGAAGGUCCCGUGUCUUUCCUCUUACUUGGACCAGCGUCUGAAUGACCUGUUACUGGUGAACAUCAAGACUCUCAGGGCUGUUCGAUCCAAGGAGAUGCUGCCAGCGCCACCAGGCAGCACUGUGCCGCCUCUAACGACAGCUCCGCACCCUGUCGCACGCAGCACGUGGUGUGUGGCCACACACUUUGCUUGCAUUGCAGAACUGGCCUCAGCAUUGGCCUACCUUCAGCAGCCACUGCACGGCUUACCAGCUCUCCCAGAGGAACCGCUUAAAACGCGUCUUUCUGAGUUGCACUCUACAGCCCUCGAUGUAUUGAUGGGCCUUUCCCAGGAAUUCACAGAUAGAAGAUCUCAGCAAGUUUUCCUUUUGAACAACUACGACACCUUGCUCUCUCUGAUGCACUCACGACGCGUCUUACCGGACGUCUGCGCAACGCUGGAACACCUAUUGUGGGAACAAGUGAACGCCUAUGUGGAGGCACAGCUGAAGGAACAUUUUGCAGAUCUCGUUUCAAGUGUCCGGACAGCUGAAGAGGUUCUUGCAGCAGAACAGCCCCUCGAAAACCCUGCGCACCUCUCCGACGUGGCUCACUUAGAGCGUGCGGUGACGCAGUUCCACGGGUGCUGGCGACAGCGUCUGAGCCAACUGCAUGAGGAAUCAGUCGCUGCUUUCCCGAAUGUUUCCAAUGCCAUGGAGAUUCUCAAGCAGGUGCUAACGCAGCUACUUCUGCUCUACACGAGAUUGCAGCAAAUCGUUUCUACGUGUUUUCCAAAGCCACCACAGCCUGCAUGGGCUCGCCAGUUGGUUCCCCUGAAUACCAUUCUGACAGAGGUCAGACGGUUUUCAAGAAACAUAUAA